GUGGGGGUUGGCUCUAUGGUUCGGAAGGAGGGGGCGUGCGGGGAGGAACAGGGUGGAGUCGAGAGGAGAGAAAGGAAAACACAAGCAAAAGGGAGGAUGGUGUUUUAUACGUGUGGCCCUAAUGAAGCUAUGGUGGUAUCAGGUUUCUGCCGGAGUCCUCCAAUAAUGGUUGCUGGUGGCCGAGUAUUUGUCCUUCCAUGUUUACAGCAGAUACAGAGGAUCUCCCUGAACACACUGACACUAAAUGUUAAGAGUGAGAAAGUUUACACACGCCAUGGAGUGCCCAUAUCUGUGACUGGAAUUGCUCAGGUAAAGAUCCAGGGGCAAAAUAAGGAAAUGCUUGCUGCUGCAUGCCAGAUGUUUCUUGGUAAGACCGAGCAUGAAGUGGCACAGAUUUCUCUUGAAACCUUGGAAGGACACCAGCGUGCCAUCAUGGCUCACAUGACUGUUGAGGAAAUCUACAAAGACAGAAAGAAAUUUUCCGAACAGGUUUUCAAAGUGGCUUCAUCUGACCUUGUGAACAUGGGGAUCAGUGUGGUUAGUUAUACACUGAAAGAUAUACAUGAUGACCAGGAUUAUCUAAACUCUCUUGGAAAGGCACGGACAGCUCAGGUGCAGAAGGAUGCUAGAAUUGGAGAGGCUCUGGCUAAAAGAGAUGCUGGCAUCAAGGAAGCUCAGGCUAUGCAGGAGAAGAUUUCGGCCCAAUAUGUGAAUGAAAUAGAAAUGGCAAAAGCUCAGAGAAACUUUGAGCUGAAAAAAGCAGCAUAUGACAUUGAAGUUAAUACCAGGAAAGCAGAAAGUGAUUUGGCUUAUCAACUGCAGGUGGCAAAAACCAAACAAAAGAUUGAGGAGCAGAAGGUCCAGGUAGAAGUGGUUGAGAGGGCACAGCAAAUUCUGCUUCAGGAUCAAGAAAUCAACCGUAAAGAAAAGGAGCUGGAAGCCCAAAUAAAGAAGCCAGCUGAUGCAGAGCGUUACCGACUGGAGAAGAUGGCUGAGGCUGAGAGAAUGAAACUCGUCACUGAGGCAGAGGCAGAAGCCGAAGCUAUCAGGGUAAAGGGGGAGGCCCGUGCUUAUGCUAUUGAAGUCAAAGCUCGAGCCGAUGCAGAGCAAAUGGCAAAGAAGGCUGAAGCUUUCCAAGAUUAUCAGGAUGCAGCCAUAGUGGAUAUGUUGCUGGAGAAGCUGCCUGAGAUUGCUGAGGAGAUAAGCAAGCCAUUGACACAGGUGAAGAAAAUUAAGAUGGUCUCCAGCGGUGGAAGUGAGGUUGGAGCUGCCAAGAUUACUGGUGAAGUGUUGGACAUCCUAAAUCGCCUUCCUGACACAGUGGAGAGACUGACUGGCAUUAAUAUCAAUCAGGCUGGGCAGAAAAAACCAGGCCGUAUGUCAUAGUAUUCGAAUCGGAAAAUGAUACAGUUCCUCUGUGCCUCUGUCUUUCAGCCCGUUGUUUUGAUUUUGUUUACGAAACGGCAGUUUUAUUUCCUGAUUGUUUUGUUCUGAGUUUUGUUUUUAGUAAAGUCCAUAAAAAUGCACUGUAAUUAUUUGUUUUAUAAAUUCAUAUGUAGAUAUUAAAACGGCUAUUCUAUAGUUUAUACAUUAUUUUAUCUUAUUAAAAUGUCUAUUCUAUACCGUAUACAGUUCGGUAAUUUAUCUCAUAAGCCUUAAAACCAAAUAUUUCCCUAAUUACAAUGCAUGUGUAGCAUGUCAAUGCAAAAAGAAAAAUCCUUUUGAUGUUAUCAAAACAUGACUAUGCCUGUAUUUCUUUCCACUGAACACUGAGUCCAUUGUACUUUUCCUUUUUAACAGACUAAGUAUAAAGAUCACACUGUAUGCUGAAGAAAUAUAUGAUAUAUAGGUAAUAGAAUAUAGUGUGUUAAAAAAAAAUGGUGUGCAGCUAGAGGCAGAUUCUUUGAAGCAAAUGCCAACUAGAGAGCUACAUGUUGAUCAUGUAGAUUAGGUCUGUCUAACUGGUGCAGGCUGGAGAUUUUGUUUUUAAAGGACCAGUAACAGCAACAAAAAAAAUUUCAAAAACUCGUUAGUAUGCUAUGAAAAAAAGAGACCAACACAUAUUAAUUAAGAAACAACUUACCGAAAUUCCGCUUGCGCUCCUCUACAGAAUAGGUGAUCCAUCGUGCGGUGCUCCAUUUAUCCUCCCUGCCUUCCUUAUAUGAUAUAUACGGGGAGAGAGAGGAGGAGAAAUCGAGCGCCGCACGAUGGAAGAGUAGCGGAAGGGGAGUUUCAGUAAGUUAUUCCUUAAUAAAGGUUUAGAGAUUUUAAAGGUGUUGGCGUCUUUUUUUCUUUUUUUUUUUUUCUUAG